AUGAUAUAUUCUGGGAAGCUCAAAUCAGGAAGUGAGAUAAAGGAUGCUUUGAAGAGGAGUAUCUUGGGUUUGUUAACUAGUAAAGGGCUUAAGUUGGGGCUUCAACUUGGAUUCAGGAAACCGGCUGUAAUCAUGAUUGUUGGCGCCAAUGGAGGUGGGAAGACAACAUCUCUGGGAAAGCUGGACCGUAGAUUGAAGAAAGAAGGGGCACCCAGGAAACAUGUAUUUGGUAGUAGCUUUUCUUAUCUUGCCCGUUGUACAAUAUUUUGCCAGAUAUUAAUGGCAGCAGGGGAUAUUGUCUCUCUAUCUCUAUCUGGACUUUUUUAUAGAGAGGAAACGAGAAGAUGUUGUUGGGAUCAAUCUGAAGAAGCUGAAACAGAAAACAAAAGUUCUUGCCCUAAGCAAAACGAGCAUGGGAUCAAAUGA